AUGACGGAGCCUUUUCAGAGUAGAAUACUAGUUUUCAUGAAUACUCUUGAGAUUAGGUGUUCGAAGAAGUUGCAGAUCAUUUAUCUUAAUCAACAAUCACUGAUAUCGGAAGAGAAUCACAUGCAUAUCAAAACUAAAUCGCAAAGAUUUAUGGUUUUUGUGAGUAAAGUUUUUAAAUGUAUUAGCAAAUUGAAUAGAUCUAGCAAUGACCUUUUUGUAUGUUUUGCUAUUUCUAAUAUUGAACUUCCUUACAUUAUUUUGAACAUGGACAGUUUUUCAUUGGUGUUUGUCUUUACCGGAUUUAAAACUGCCAAAUCAAUAACUUAUGUCACAAUUAUACAGAUGAAACAAGUUAAUUUGAGGUUUCGGAAGAUCAUGACUUAUAAUUUGAGGGAUAGGAACUUAAUGAAUAUCAAGGCUACUUAUUUGGGAUCAAGUGGUUCGGAUAAUGACAGCCACGAUGAAGCCACUGAUUCUGACCCUGACUUUGGGAGGCCACCGCCUAUGCCUAAUCCAAACCAGAACAAUGUUAGACUAUUUGAAGCAAUGCAGAGGAGUGUUGGUAUCCAAAUAGCAAAUUCUUGGGGUGCAAAUUCUAGCAGGAAUACAACUGGGAUCGUGGAGAGAAGGCGGCCAGGGCGCCCCACAAAGGCAAGGGCUAAUGGGGAAGAAAAUAGACAGGGCAUCAUAGAGAGACAUAGAAGGAGGAGAAGGAGGAAAAGAACGAAUUUUUCACAAUUUCUUGAAGAAAUAAUAACCAAGAAAACAGUGUUGUCUUGGUUGAUAAGAUUGGGUAUAGUUGAAGAAAAUGAAGUCGUCCGGUACGUUCAGUCAGAGUCUCGAAAUAAAAUGGGAGAAGGCAAAGUCAAUAAGGAGGGCAUUUUAUGUAGCUGUUGUUCUCGUCAGAUUACAGUAGGAGAGUUUGAAAUUCAUUCCGGAUUUAAAACUGGAAAGCCCUAUAAGCAUAUAGUUUUAGCAGUGUCACAGCUUUCCUUAUUUGACUGCCAAAUAGAAGCAUUGGAAGGUAGGAACGAAGAAGAAAAAUGUACAUACAACAACAUGCAGCCUGAAGCAACAGCUGUUGACAAAAAUGAUGAUGCUUGUAUGAUUUGUGCUGAUGGAGGGGAUUUGAUUUGCUGUGAAAGAUGCCCCUCAACAUUUCAUCCCAAAUGCAUUUUCAUGGAGAACAUUCCUCAAGGUGAUUGGCUGUGUCCAUAUUGUGUCUGCAAAUACUGUGCCAGUGGGGAUGGCCUUUUAAAGAAGUGUGUUCAAUGUGAAAAACUGUACCAUAGCAAGUGUGGAGGAGAAAAUUUGGACCUGAUGAAUUCUCCUGCCUCAUUGUUCUGUGGAAGCAGUUGCACAAAGAUAUAUGAAGGGUUACGGGAUAUGCUUGGAGUUAAAAAUAAUCUUCAAGAUGGCCUUUCAUGGACUCUACUCCAACGGACAGAGCAACCAUUCGGUUCCUACAAGUACAACAAAGUACAAAUCAACUCCAAGGUUGCUUUGGCUUGGCUGGUAAUGAACGAAUGUUUCUUGUCAACCAUAGAUCGCCAUACAAGAGCCAAUAUUAUCCAAAGUAUUGUCUACAAUCGAGGGUCCAAUUUGACCCGUAUUAAUUAUAGUGGCUUUUACACUGCUGUCCUGGAAAAGAAUGACGAAAUCAUCUGUGUUGCAUCAAUAAGGGUGCAUGGAAAAAGGCUGGCUGAGAUGCCCUUCAUCGGAACCCGUGGGGUAUACAGGCGUCAAGGGAUGGCUCGCAUCCUAUUAAAUUGUGUUGAAUCUGCUCUUCGUGAUCUAGAAGUUGAGAAACUGGUGAUUCCAUCAGUCGAUCAACUUGUUGAUAUGUGGAUUGGGAAGUAUUUCUUCGCCCGCAUUGAGGAGGUGCGGUUGAAGAAGGAGCUGUGCCAGUACAAUACGGUGAUGUUCCCUAGUGCAGUAGUAAAACUACAUAAAAACUUGGCGAUGCUUCCUGACUUGAACAUUGGUCCUUCAGCAACCAAUGGGGUUUUCUAA